CCAGUAGAAGACUUCUUGUCAGUUGACUGCUGCCACUUUUCUGUGCAGAAUAGCGUUUCGUUUUCUCUCCUCACUGUGACGUCACAGAAUGCUGACUCCUCAUUGGCUCAGGUGGAGUAUUAUAAAAAGAGCCUCGACAGUUCCUGGUUCAUUUUUCCUGUUUGCGAGUCAAGCGAGUGUUCGUCACUUUUGUCUUUCUCUGCGAGAUUAAAAGUGGCAAACAUCUUUUUGUUUCGCGCUGACAUCAUGAACUUGUUUUUAUUCUUUCUUCUGGUCGUGCAAAUGCACAGCGUGACGCCUGUGAUUCACACGCUGCAGUAUUUCCUCACUGCGUCCUCUCAAGUUCCAAACUUCCCAGAGUAUGUGGAGGUUGGUUAUGUUGAUGGAGUUCAGAUUUCUCACUAUGACAGCAACAGCAGGAAAGCAGAAGCCAAACAGGACUGGAUGAACAAAAUCACAGCAGAGGAUCCAAAAUACUGGCAGAGACACACAGAGAUCAAUGUUGGUAAUGAGUUGAUUCUCAAACACAGCCUUGAAGUUCUUAAGAAGCGUUUCAACCAAACUGGAGGUGUUCACAUUCUCCAGAGGAUGACUGGAUGUGAAUGGAAUGAUGAGACUGAUGAAGUUAAAGGUUGGCAACAGCAAGGUUAUGAUGGAGAAGAUUUCAUAUCGUUGGACAUGAAGACAUGGACAUUUACUGCAGCAAAACAACAAGCUUUCCCCACCAAACUCAAUUGGGACCAGGACAAACAUCUACUAGAAUACAAUAAGUUUUACUACACUGAGGAUUGUCCUUCUUACUUGAAAAAGCAUGUGAACAAUGGGAAGGAGGUCCUAAUGAGAACAGAGCUUCCAGAGGUGUUCCUGCUCCAGAAGACGCCGUCCUCUCCGGUCAGCUGCAUGGCGACAGGUUUCUACCCCGACGGUGCCGACCUGUUUUGGAGGAAAGACGGCGAGCAGAUCUUCGAGGACGUGGAGCACGGAGAGAUACUCCCCAACCACGACGGAACCUUCCAGAUGUCGGUGGCGCUGAAAGUGGAGGUGACGGCCGACGUGGAGGGCAAGUACGAAUGUGUGUUUCAGCUGUCAGGCGUCAAGGAGGACUUGGUCACCAAGCUGGAGAGAAGAAGCAUCCUGAGCAACGCAAGCCAUGAAGACAACUUGAGCGUCGCCCUCGCUGCCACGGCGGCGGUCCUCGCUGUGGCGGCCAUCAUCAUCAUCAUCAUCAUCAUGGUCAUGGUCAGGCGUCACAGAAACAGACAAGGUGAGGGACGCCAAUGUCCUCUGUCUUCUUCUUCUCGGUGCACUCGGUCCAGGCCGUGAGUUGAGGCUUUCAUCCGGGCUGCAAAGGUGCGGCCAUCUUUUAGUUGCCUUCCAGCCAAACACUCAAAGAUCCACAGAGACAGAGCGCACACUCUCACGUAGAAACACGGCGUGACGUGAGGGGAAAAGUCCACUUCACCUUGUUUCUCUUUCAUUUCAGCCCAGUACGAUCCAGCUGGUAAGUAAAACAUCUUUUCUUUGAGCCGCAAGAAACAAAGCCGUGGUGAAGCGUCACUCACAUGGAGGUCUGAUGUGGACCUUUGUUACAAGUUUAGCCGGAAAAGCCCAACUGGAGCUGACUCCUUCACAAUAAAAGUCCCUCCUGUGAGCACACGCAAUACAAAGUCUGGCAUAUCUCACUUUUGACAGGAGUCCUCAUGAUGAGGAUCAGCCAAAUGAGACAUCAAGUGUGCUGACUCGUCAUGUUUCCAAGUCACACCUCAAAGAUCUGAUGUGAGUGACGAGGCACCUUCUGGAUGUUCUUCCUUCACCGUUUGCGUUUGUCCCGCAGCUCGCCACGGCGGCGUGGAGCUCGACGAGAACGUGCAGGCGGCUGAAGGCUGAGUAAGCUCACAUGGACUGUCUGCACCUCCAAAUGUUCUUGUGUGAAGAUGAUGUUCAACUUGGAUUCACCUGCUUCUGUCGGGAAUGUGCUGAGUGGUCUUCUUCCUCCAGGAUGCUUUGUGCACUGGAACACAGGGAGAUGUCUCCAUCGCUGAGGGACGUCAUCACACUCGGAGAUGAGAUGGAGAUGUGCUUUGUUCUUCGUCCGACUGCUCCUCACGCUAUUCCAUGUAUUCUUCUUUGGCCGUUAAAAGACUUUCAAGAUCAAACGUUGGUGGCUGUAAAAUCGCACGUUUCAUGGCCUUGACGUCAUGACGAGGAUUUCUUCUUUUCUUUCAAUGGCCGCUGCUUAUGAUCAAUAUCACAUUGUGUCACAUCUCUGUCAAUAAAUCCGUUUUUCCUCCA